AUGAGCAACGAGCGCCAGCGCAGUGGAAACGAGUUCUUGAAAGAUUGGAGACGACGAACCAUUGAGGUUACACAGUAUCUCAAUCGAGAAGAACAUCCGAUUCAAAUAGCUUUGAAGUCUGCCAAUAAUAGAUAUGGGCUACUUUUCCAAAUGAGCGAUCCGGAAGCAUUGAGAGGACUCCCGCAACCUCCGAAACAUGAAUACGAUCGACCACUCGACGACCAUUACUCAUACCUUUCAUCGACUCGAGCCUAA